AUGGAUUUGCAGCUGGCAGAUAUCGUAGGUGACGAAGACAUUCAGUUAGUUAUGGAAAGAAGUAGACAACCUGCUGCACAAGUAAUAUCUUACAACUUGAAACGAGUAAGCGAAGAACCCAUCGGGUACCUAGCAGAUCAUUUUAUUCUAAACGUCAUCGUUGAAGACAAUUUGGUGCAUAAGAUAGAACAUCAAGAAGACCAUGAACGUACCUCUGCAACACCUGCUACAUGUAUUGCAACUGGAUGUCAAGAAAUUUCCUUCUUCAUUAAGAUGUUACCGGAGAGCAACCACAAACUGGCUGAAUACAUAACGGAGAUGAAUUGUUUCGAAAAAGAAAUUUUCGUAUACAAUAAGCUGCUACCGGAGCUAGCACAAUACUGUGACGGCAUUGGAAACGUUGUACCGAACGCCUAUCUUACAAAAUCGAGCAAAAUGAUUGUCUUUGAAGAUUUGAAACGGCAAGGAUAUAGCAUGAUGAUUGAUAGAGGUGCAGGUUUAUUAAAUCAGUCACACAUCGAAAUGGCCUUACAGACGAUCGCAAAGUUGCACGCAAUGUCUUUAAUAUAUGAAGAACGAACUAAAACAAGCCUUGCUCAUUUAACGGCAAAGCUGUCAGGAAGUACAACGAACUUGUUGAAGGAAAAUGUGUACAUUAACAACGAUGCGUACGUACGAACUACAAAUCUUGAAAACUGUAUUCAAGUUAUGUGCGAAGUAGCUAAGAGGAUUGAUAAAUAUCGGAAUUCGGAACAGCUAGAAUUUAUACUAAAACGCAUUCCAGUAAUAGUACGACGUAUUUAUGACUUCGCCAAACCAUCGACAAUAUUCCGUAAUGUGUUAAAUCACGGCGAUUUAUGGUGUAAUAAUAUUUUAUUCAAGUAUGAAAACAAUGAAAAUGGAUCAAAAACAGUUCGACCAAUCGAUGCAAAAUUAGUGGAUUUCCAGUUCUCACGCAUCGCACCACCUGCAUACGAUGUGAUGGCUCUUAUUAUGAUAUCAACGCUAAGCAGCUUCAGAGGGACUCUUCUAGAAGGCUGGAAGGAAUUGUAUUAUAACAGUUUGGCUGCACAGUUAGCCAUAAACCAGCUGAAGGUGGCAGAACUUUUACCACGAUCCCAGUUUUGGGAAUCUUGCACUCACUAUCAUUUAGCUGGCUUGAUCGAAAGCUGUAUGUACUUCCAUUGGCCACCAGAACCGGAUUGUUAUGAAAAGGAUGGAACUAUAGAGGAUGCCUUUGAUUGUCAAACGAAUUCUACCGUGUUUGUAAGAGCUAGUAUACGUGGGUUUGAGAAGUAUGAACAGUAUCGUACACGUAUAAGUGAUAUGAUCACACAAAUUGUGGACAACUACGUCUUAGAACAAUAAAUCGUUUUGUUUGUAUAAUCCCGAUAAAGACAAUAACAA